AAAUAAAGUUGCAUUAUUUCUAAAAAUAUUUACCUACUUUUAAUGCAUAAUUCUGAUAAGAGACAAAAUAAAGUUGCAUUAUUUCUGAUCCUCCCUCAAUCACGUGGUAGGCAGGCCAAGAAGGGCCUUAGUUAAUCAUCAUCCACGUAAUAUGUUUAUUAUUAAAAAGGGUAUCUGAGUAACCCCAUUCAUGCUCCAAGUCCAAAUGGCUUCCAUAGAACCUCAACUUCACUUCGUUUUGUUUCCACUGAUGGCUCCAGGACACAUGCUCCCUAUGAUAGAUCUUGCAACAAUCUUAGCACACAGCAACAUGAUUGUCACCGUAGUCACAACCCCACAUAACGCUUCCCGUUUCUCAGAAACCUUCGCUCGUGCCUCACAACAUGGUCUUAACCUCCGUUUAGCUCUACUCCAAUUCCCAUCCAAAGAUACUGGAUUUCCAGAAGGGUGUGAGAAUUUUGACAUGCUACCUUCAAUGGGCAUGGGCCUGAAUUUCUUUGCUCCAGCAAACACCAUUCUGCACGAACCAGCGGAAAAAAUGUUCGAAGAGUUAACACCCAAACCAAACUGCAUAAUCUCUGACUUUUGUUUUUCAUACACAGCCCACAUCGCUAAGAAAUUCAACAUUCCCAGAAUUUCUUUCUACGGAGUGAGUUGCUUCUGCCUCGUAUGGCUACAAAAGUUGAGUAGUUCGAAGGUUGUUGAGAGCGUAGCCACAGAUUCAGAGUACUUAGUCAUACCCAACAUUCCUGAUAAAAUUGAGGUGACCAAAGCACAAAUCCCACUACCAAUGGAGAAAGACCGGAAGAAUUUUGCUAUUAAAAUAGCAGAAGCUGAAAUGUUAACUUAUGGGGUGGUGGUGAAUUCUUUUGAGGAGUUGGAAGAAACAUACGUGAGGGAUUUCAAGAAGGAUAAAAAUGAUAAAGUGUGGUGUGUUGGUCCAGUUUCGCUUACAAACAAGGAAUACUUGGAUAGGGCUGAUAGAGGGAACAAGGUGUCAAGUGAUGCUGAAAAUUGCAUGAAGUGGCUUGAUUUGCAAAAACAAAGGUCAGUAAUCUACGCAUGUCUUGGAAGUGUUUGCAAUUUAACUCCUUUACAGUUUAUAGAGCUUGGUAUGGCCUUAGAAGCAUGCAAAAGGCCUUUCAUUUGGGUUAUAAGGGAAAAAAAUCAAACAGAAGAGUUGAACGAGUGGAUUAUGGAAACGGGGUUUGAGGAAAAGACUAAAGGGUUGGGCCUUUUGAUUCGGGGUUGGGCUCCUCAGGUAUUAAUACUAUCACACCUUGCAAUUGGAGGGUUCUUAACACACUGUGGUUGGAACUCUACCUUGGAAGCAAUAUGUGCUGGCGUGCCACUGCUUACGUGGCCUUUGUUCGGGGAUCAGUUUUUCAAUGAGAAGUUCGCUGUGCACGUACUAGGAAUUGGAGUAAGUGUUGGGGGGGAGUGUCCUUUGAAAUGGGGUGAAGAAGAGAAAACAGGGGUCUUGGUGAAGAGGGAGGAUGUUGUGAGGGGUAUAGAGAAGUUAAUGGAUGAAGGAAAUGAAAGUGAGGAGAGAAGAAAAAGGGUUAGAGAGCUUGCGGAGAUGGCUAAGAGAGCUGUGGAAGAAGGAGGAGCUUCUCACUUCAAUGUGACCCAGUUGAUCCAAGAUAUCAGGCAAUACUCCAACAAAAAUUCUGAACAAUAAUAAGUUUGAUGCCCCACCUCUCGACAUGGAUUGUAGUUUUUUUAAUGUAUGGUUUUAUUUUUAAAUUCAAAAAAUAUGAGAUUUUUAACGUAUAAUGCUUUUAUGUAUUAAUAAAAUUAAAAAAAAUAAUUAGAUUAAUUACAAAUAUAUUCGAUAUGCAAGAAAAAUAGAGGCUAAUUUUUUUUAUAUAGUUUUUUUUUUCAAAAUUCAAAAAAUAUGAGAGUUUUUACAAAAUUAUGAGAAUAUGGGGCAAUUUUUUAUGCAGUACAAAAAUUCAGAAAUAAAAAAAUAAAAAAGUGAUAAAGUUUCAUAUUUUUUAAAUUAAAAAAAACCAAUAUAAAAAAAUUUCCAAAAAUGGACACUUUGAAUUAUUAUCCAUACACGAGUAUUCCCAUUUCUAACCAGGCAAAUGAUUUGUGGGGCAUUAUUUAUUAUGGCAUAGAACACUGCCACUUUAUCAGAAGCCAUUUAAUGUUUAAUGCGAGUGGUUGUU